AUGUCAGCAUGUCCGCUGAGCCACCUCGGAGAUGAGCAGAGUGACCUGCCACAGACAGCCUGUCCCUACCCGAGAGCACGGGCCCUGUCAGACAAGGUGAAGGCGUGUGUGUUUGGGGACAGCGAAGCAGCUGAGGAGCUAGGCAGGGCCCUUGACGAGAAGCAGAAAGGGUUUGCCGUUGGAUGGAAUCGUGGUGGCAAGACGAUCCCGGGGCACAGAGCAGCCGCGGCAGGGGCAGUCUGCCCCGGGGAGGGCCGCCUCCCAGCCCGGGGUGUCCACUCACUGCAGCCACACGCACGGGGACUCUCCGCCCACCUGGGCACCGUAGCCACGUGGGUCAUCUGUGAACCCAUGUAG